UUAUGACGACAUUCGAUGGUGAAGUUAAAUCUCCUGCGAUUGGGUAAUGGUCAAAGAAUCAGCCAAUUGUUUCGGGCGUACUAUUUAUUCAUUGGUAGGUGUUUAGAUAGCAACCAUCUAAAGUACCAAGGGAAAUUAAGGCCGUAUCAACAAGGAGACUUUCUAACCGUUGGACGUAAAAUAAGAAAAAUGGCAACAGCACUUCGUCCAACCACAAGACACCAGCCACCUGACUGGUUCACAAGUAACUACACCAUCUCCACGAACGCUGAGAGACAGAGAGAUGCCUCUCAUCAAGUUCGCCAGGAGAGUCGAUUUCUCCGAAAUGAGACAGACAACCAAACAAAGUGGGAUCAACACUCAAACAAUGUCCGUCUGGCAGAUCGAGUAGAUAACAUCAGACAGUGGAAGGAGAUCCUAGAAAAAACACUGGCCGAUAUUGACAAGGAGAUUGCCGAUUUGUCUGAUGCCAAGGAGCUCACAGAGCAGGCCCUGGAAGCCAAAAACCUUCCACUUGAUGUUGCCAUUGAAUGCCUGACCCUUAGGGAGGGACGUCAAGGUAUUGAUAUCGUACAGGACGAGGCAGAGAACCAGCUACACAAGGAAGUGGAGGUUAUUGAAGGAAUCAAAAAGGCUCUUCAGCAGAAAAUUGGAGAUUCAUUUGAGCAGCUCUGCCUUCUACAAGAGGCCAGACAGCAGCUUCAGGCUGACUUACAGGACAAGAAUAUAGCCCUAGGAAUAGAUGUAGAUCAGUACAACCUCACCGACAGGUCCCCCCAAAUCAGCUUCAAACCUGACUCCUUAAGGGUACCCAAAGGAAGCACCACCCCACAGCAAUGGGAGGACUUCAGUCGAUACAACAAGGAGAGGGCCGAGGCCGAAAUGAAGGCCUCAACUCGCCUAAGGGAGGCCAUCCACCACACCCUUCAGCAGUGUGCUAACGAUUUGGAGGCCCAGAGAAUCGCCACAGAGUAUGCCUACAGAAAAAGGAUCCAUGAAUUCGAGAGAGCCAAGGGCGAGCUGGAAUGGCAGAAGAAAAAUACCGAGGAAGAAAUUGCUGAGCUGGAGAAUGACAUCAGAGGAAUCGAGGAGAAAAUCCGCGCAAAGAUCGCCCCAAUGAAGCUGGCUCAGACCCGCUUGGAGAACCGUACAUACAGACCUAACGUUGAACUCUGUCGGGAUGCCCCACAGUACGGUCUCACAGAUGAAGUCAAGCAGCUUGAGGCCACAAAGAGGGCUCUAGAGGAGAAAUGUAAACAGGCAAAGUAA